AUGGCAAAGUCUUCUCAAGCUCUCCUCAUCGCUGCCCUUUUCUUCUUUGGCCUCCUUGGGUUGGCUCAUUGUCAUGACUUCGUUGUUGAGGGAAGGGUGUACUGCGACACCUGCCGUGCCUUGUUCGAGACCAGAGUAAGCAAACCCAUGGCUGAUGCACCCGUGAGACUCACAUGCCGAAACCGUGUGAACGGCACUAUCUCAGAGACCGUGGAAGCUGUUUGCGACGAUUUGGGCACAUACAAGAUCACCGUGGACGGUGAGCACGAGGAUGAUAUCUGUGAGAUGUCAGUCGUGAAGACCAGUAUCACUGACUGUGAUGAACAUGUUCCUGGAAAAGAUCGUGCUCGUGUUGUUCUCACUCACAACAAUGGAGUUGUCUCCCGCACACGCUACGCUAGCCCAUUGGGAUUCUUGGCAAAGAAAACUCUUGAUGUCUGCCCUGAGGUUCUCAAGGAGCUCGGUCUCCUCACCACCGUCGACCUCAGUACCUUAUAA